AUGGACAACCACUACAGUCAUGUAAGUAUUGAAGUCAUAGAUUUGGCAAAAGACAAUGGUGUAAUUUUGUUGANUCCCCACUGUAGCCACAAGCUACAACCGCUUGACAAAACAGUUUUCGGCCCAUUUAAAAAAUAUUAUAAUGAUGCUUGUCGAGCCUGGUUGUUAAAUAACCCCGGAAAUCGCAUUACUAUCCAUGAAAUUGCAGGUCUUGUUGGGAAGUCAUAUCCCCUUGCAUUCUCUACAAGUAAUAUCCUGUCUGGUUUUUCAUCGACAGGAAUUUUUCCUUUUGAUAAAAAUAUCUAUAAAGAUGAAGAUUUUACUGCCUCUAAUGUUACAGAUGUUCCAAUGGAAAAUGUCAUAGUUGAAGAUCAACCUCGUAUUUUUCAAGAAGGUACUUCUCUAGCUACAUUAGUCCAGCCUAAUGCAGAGGCCUCUCUGGAAAAUCUUGCAAUUCCAGGUCCAUCGAGGGCAUUUGAUAAUUUGUUGGAUGUAGAACAUUCAUUGGAAAACAUUCCAGCACAAAGUGUGUUACAGGAAAAAGGGAAUAAGUCCUCCACAGAAUCUUCAGUUCAAGAAAAUUUUGCAGGACAAGAAAUGACACCAGAGAUGGUAAAGCCUUUUCCUAAGGCUGAUCCAAAAAAGAAAAAAUUAACAAAGCGACAACCUACAAAAUCAGAAGAUCUUACAGAUACACCAGUGAAAAACAGAAUCGAAAAUGCAACAAUUGAAAAAUUAAAAAAGAGAAAAAGACUUAAUGAUAAGAAGCGAGCGAGAAAUAAACAAACAAAAAUUUACAAUCAAUUACAAUACAGCUCAACUGAAGAGGAGGAAGGAUGGAAAGAAUCUUCAAACGAAUCUGACUUUGAGGAUUUGGAACUUGAAGAAGUAGAAGAUUUUAAUAUUGGCAUUGGAGAUUUUGUAUUAGUAACAGUUCAUGGCAAAAAAAAUACAGUUUUAAACACUAUGUUGCUGAAGUUGUAG